AUGGCCAACAAUCCCUCGGAAUUUACCAAAGGUACUUCGUCCCUUGAUGCUUUUGCUCAAGCCAUUGAUUCAGUUUCUUAUGCUUCUUUGAAUCCACCUUCUGUCCCAACUUUAGUGGCUGUAAAGUGGGCAAGCUGGUUGAGGCGUUUUGCAUUUAUUGUUGAUUGGCACAAUCUUGGAUAUACUUUGCUAGCAUUGUCUCUCGGAAGAAGUAGUGUUUUUGUGGCAAUAUACCAUUGGUUUGAGAAGCAUUUUGAGAAGAUGGCAAAUGGUUCCUUAUGCGCGACAAAGGCAAUGCAACAUGAAUUGGCACAAAACUGGGGAAUUAAUGCUGCAGUUCUUUAUGACCAGCCUCCUGAGUUUUUAUUGAAUUGGUUGAUUGCUUAUAUUUGGAUCAAUAUUACUGACUUGCCAUUUUCUCUAUAUUCAAUAUUUGUCAUUGAGGCCCGCCAUGGUUUCAUCAAACAAACAAUAUGGUUAUUCAUUAGGGACAUGAUUAAAGGAAUCAUCCUAGCAAUUAUAAUUGGAUCGCCUAUUGUCGCAACAAUUAUUGUAAUAGUACAGAAAGGAAGUCCUUGGCCAUCUAUCUUUGGGGGUUUCUGCUUGUACUAUCUCUUGUGA